AUGCGUCUGUAUCACGUGCUUCUCGCUUCUGCUGUCGCACUCCUCGCUACCAACGGCUUCGCCGCUGCCGACGAGAAGUGCACCAUGGUGACCCCGGAACCUGAAGUGCCCGUGCCUGCCGGCUCGUCGUCGCUUACCAGCGACGUGUCCAGCGGCUCUGGCGCCCCGGUUACCCAAGACUCCACUACCGCCUCGGAUGUCGGUGCCAGCCAGGAAACUACCCCCGAGAGCCCGGUGCAGCAGUACUCCAACCCUGGCUCGGAUGCCGGUGCCAGCCAGACGUCCCCUUCGGGCCCUGCUUCUGCUCCAUCCAGCGUUGACGCCUCGCAGAACAGCGAGGACCCGUCGCAAAACGACGAUGACCCGAUGCAGGUCGAGAUGCCGUCCACCGUGCUGGAUGCUUCGACCGGCAAGGCCAUCAGCGACAAGGUGACUGUGGACAAGUCUGUGGUGGGUAACCGCUACCAGGCUCUGAAGACGUACCCGGACGGCAGUGUGGCGUAUCUGUCGAAGGGCAAGACGGACUCCUCGCUGCAGGUGGUUCGUUUCUACGGCUGCUAA